CACGAUGGGACGGGUGCCAUCUCUGUUGGCUCUGUGGCCGCCGUUACAAGUGCCACUUUAGUCACAGCAGUUCAAGCUUGGGACCGGGGCGCCUGGUUGGCACGUGGUUCCGUGGUCGGAGGAUGUAAAUAGUGAACUAGUGCCUCUACUCUUCACGGCGGUUUUUUUGCCGAUGAGAGGGAUCUCUGUGGGCUUUAGAGGACGGGAAAUAUGCCGAAUAUGCCGUCUCUUCUUUGCGGUCUAGGUCAGAAUCCUUGACCCCCGCACCGAGAGUAGAUCGUUCGCGACUAAUCUAAUGCUUCGUGUUUUAGGAAAUUCGUUGAUGGACCUGUGUGGUUUACAAGUGUUUGUGAACAAUUGAAAGGGUCCGAAUUCGUGUUUUCGGAAAGUUCGUACGUUGAAUUGCUUGAAUAUUUACAAGUGUUUGUGAACAAUUGAAAGGGUCCGAAUUCGGAAAGUUUGUACGUUGAAUUGCUUGAAUAUUUACAAGUGUUUGUGAACAGCUAAAAGGGUCCGAAUUCGUGUUUUCGGUAGUUCGUACGGUGAAUUGUGUGUUUGUGAGCGACUGAAAGUGUGCCCAUUGCAUUUUUGUUCAGUUAUCGCUACGAGCUGUCGAUUUUUCUGUUCGUGAUAAGUUAUAACUCACCAUCGACACCUGAAUAUACGCCUACGCGGACAACUCUAUUCCUGGAAACCGUUUGGUGAGAUGUUUUUCGACCACGACGAAGAUACCCCCGAAUGACACAGAUGAGAGCGGCCUUCGAGAAGAAAAAGGCUUGAGUCACACAGUGGAACUACCCCUGAGGCAUCAGUCACUGAAUGGCCAAGGCGAACUGGCGCCUCCUUUCCUGCCUGGGUUCCGACGACACUAGGAGAGAGGGAGAGACGCUGAUGACGUCAUGGCUAGUGGUGUUUGGACGCAGCUGAGAUGCUCCUUUUGGCGACAUUAUCUCCAGUACCUGAGGCAGUGGCCAUGGCUUCUGAGCAUCAUCGUGGUCGCGGCAUUUCCCUUCGCUCUUCUGGCUGGGCUGAAAUCUACAGUCCCUCCUCAGUACCAGAGCGCAUGUCACUUCAAGUCCAGGAUAGUCUCCAGCCAGUGGCCCUUGUCUCUCCUGCAGUCUUACGUGUGCAACUUGGACAACGCGUGUCAGCAGACAGCGGCAGACGAUGUCAUAGACUCUUACCCAGGAGCCUUAAUCAAUACUCUAAUGAACAACACAGGGAAGACUCUAAAUGAAAUCAAAUUAUCUCAGUUUGCUUCUCUGCCUUCGAGCAUCAGCCGUCUUGCUAACCUCACACACGUCAUCGCGAGCCCUAAUCUCACGGCGCUCAUGGAAAACGGGUUGCGUGUUGGUGACGUCAUUCGGUCACCAGAGGAAAUGAAGAGUAUUUUAACUAGCAGAUAUGGUUUUGAGGAUGAUGUUGUUGAUGCAAUCUUAGAGUCCAGAAUUGACAUGUCAAGGGUGCUCUCCUUAGUAGGUUAUCGAGAUAUCAAGACUAUAGUAUGUUCACCCAAUCAGCUGGGGCAGUUCUUAGUUGCACCCACUAGUGAUGAUAUCUCGAGCAUCUCCACCAGCCUCUGCAGAAUUGAAAGCAGCGAAAUAGCGAAUAUAAGCCGCAUCUUCGUUAGCUCUUUGGAUGCAUCUAAUCUCAUUGACAAGGUCUCGGAUGUCUUACAAGCCAUAGGAGGGUAUGAAGCAGAGUCCCUGGUGCAUGAGGUUGGAGGACUUUUAGCCUCCCUGGGGCGGCUGGAGGCAUUGGCCCCAUUGGCUACCACACUGGAUGCCCUCAGUGUUGCCGCACAGCCUUUGAUAUCAGCCAUGUCAGUUCUUCAGAAAGCUGGAUGGGAUACUGAUAGUCUCACAAACCUUUUUGACUUGGCUGAGGAGUUCGUUCAACCUACAGAACUUAGCAACUCUAAGGAGGUUCGAAUGCUCAGCAACUCUAAGGAGGUUCGAAUGCUCCUGUCUCCGGAAACUAUGACAAGGAUUUCAUCUGAGGAGCACAGUUCUGACCCCUAUGCACAGUUGCUGACAACUGCUAUUCAGGCUGUCAAUAAAACUGAGUUCCAGGUCAUGGGAAUUACGAAAGCCACUGAAGAUGUCCCAGAACUUCACACGGCUGUCAUGCUUGUGACAACGUUGCUGCCGACUCUUCUUACGCCUGGGCCUACAAAUUUUACUGUCCUUGGAGAUUCGAUGGUCGUAGCCACUGAUCGCAUGCUGCCGGAAGUUCGGGUGAAAUUAGACAAGAUGCUUCCGCUGGUUCACACGUCCUUGCACUUGGCAACAAAGGCGUUAAGAGUUACCAGCAGCGCGGCACUGUGGCUCGGUAACGUCCCUUCAGCUGUGGCAUUAGAACUCCUCAAGACCUUUGCCAACGUGACGUUGACCAGGGUACUCGUGCAAGAGAAGAGGCUGGCUACGUGGACUUGUGCUAAAAGUUCUUGGCCAAACAUCAGUUCGAGUGACUGGGAGACAUUUGAAAAAAUCCUCUGUGACCGGGACAGCGUCAGAAAUCUGUACGAGAUCGAGGCUCUGAUGGAACCUUUGUCUGAUCCCAGUGCACUGCAGGAGCUGCUGGACUCGUUCUCCGCAUCCACCGUUAAAGACCUCAUGCAAGAACUGGAGGAGACCAUCAAGACUGUCACCUCUUCGUUUAACGUUUUGUUCCAAGACGAACCCAAGAGACGGAAGCGUUCUGUCGCUGAGGCUGUCGGUGGUUACUUGGGCGAAAUCCCCGCGGUGGAUCUGGAGAUCAUACAGAAGAUGGAGUAUGGUUUCACUGACACCAAGGGCUUAUUGCAAAACAUUACCCAAAUCUGCAUCACAAUGGCCCGAAGUAGUUUGAGUGAAUUGGAAAGAGCAGACCUCCUUCACCUGAUACGUCAAGAAAUCGUUUUCCUGCUUAGUGCUCAGCCUGUAGAGGUCUUCUCUGACGUUGUUGCAUCUGUUUUGGACACCGUCCUUCAAGUUCUGCGCGUUGUGAAAUCGCCAUGGCAUCUUCAAGACCUUGAUCUUAAUCGCCAUAUGUCUAAUAUCUUAUUCCGGGUGGUUCCAAACAACGCCUUUGAUGGUGUGUCAGCAGUCUUGCAGAUGCUGGAAAGCCCCACGAUUGAGGUGCCAGCCCCUGUGCCGCAGCUUCUGGGGUUACUCAGCGCAGUGCAUGAUAUCUUGCUUCAAGUCCAGAGUACUGGGUCUCUGCAAGAAUGGUUCAAGGUGAAGUUACCUUACACUUAUGGCCUUCUACAGGACAGCGUAGUUGUACCGCGGGUCCUGGCAAUCCCUUACCUUUGGACUUUGAAUGGAGUGCCGGAGGAAGCCUUCACCUUGGUGGUAAAUGGGACUCAAGACUGGAUGAAGUAUCCCUGUGGGUCUGUAACUUUGACUACAACUUAUCCGUCUUCUUCUGACAUUGAUAAACUGCCCGAGUCUUGGUCCGAUCUGGAGGACAUCAAGGAGAAUGUCAGAAGACUCGAAAAGUAUUUAUGUGAAAAUGGCACAAGGAUUUCCCAGGAGAUAGCUUCCUUUGAUCCAAAGUUAUCACAAAGUAUGCGGGAUCUCGUUGAAAAUGCAGUUCCCAGUCACAUUAAUGUGAGUCAUUCGAUGCAUCUGGUGAAGAACUUCGCCACGACUUUGGUCCAGUCCAGCCCGAAAUUCACGCAGGAGUUGACAGACGUCAUGCUUACGUUUAUGGAAGAGAUGCGACAGGCCUUCUCUUUGCCUUCUUUCGAUGAAAAUCAGAUUUACAGAGCAAUGGCAGGGACAGUGGAAGUCACCCUGCAUUGGUUUGACAAGUUUCCCAGCACCCAGUCCCUCUAUUCACAGAUCCAGUUCUUCAUGUACCAUGCAAAUGCCAUUGGAAGGGCCAUCAUCGAACUCUUGAAUGGGCCACCAUCAUUGGGAAGGUUUAUAGGUCUGCCUGAAGACUACCUACCGGUUAUUUUCCUACAGAGAGACCCGAAAGGAACUGCUGAUUUUCUCCUUCAGGAACUGACAAAGUAUUUUGUCUCCUCAGUGACGGCAAAGCUUUCCAUGGACUGGAUGGCUGCAGUCAACUCCACGUGUGAAAGGAGUGUCAAUCAGAGCUCCCUUGUGGCGCUUGCCUGCUACAUCUCUACCCACCCUGAACCGCCCAAUUUGCAGUCACCACUCGCAAGUGCUCUGGUCGAUGCUCUGACCUCCUUCCAGCAUGGCAACUUGGUCGUUCCUCGUGUGCUAUUGGAGGAUUUGGAGUCAACCGGAGAAUUUCUCGUCAGUGCCGUAGCCAGCUUUAAUCCAGAAAAUAUCACAGAGUUUGCCAGUCUGCGGAAGCUUUGGGAGGCAAUCGUUGCGGAGUCAAGGCUCUUUUACGAAGGCCUUGAGAAAGCGCAGAUGAACUGGCUGUUCAUGACACUAGACUUUGCAGCAUCACAGAACGAGCAAUUGACUGAAGUUCUAACUGAUGUAGAAGUCAUCCUGUCUUGGCUAAAGGAUCAGAUUCCUCGAAACAUGGACACAUUUCUGUUAAAUCUUCCGCCAUCUUUGAAGAAGAUCCAUAAUACUCUAAACUCGUCUUGGAUUGACCUUAUGGAUGGACUACACUUCAACAUCGAAAGAAACCCACAGCUGAUCAGCAUGAAUCUAAGCGAUGUUUGCUCCACUUCAGAUUUUCAGAGUCCAGAAGGUGACUCUUUGCAAUUCAAAGAUACCCUGGAAGACAUCUGUUCCAUCCUCAUGUCAUUCGAAUUUCAAGAACUGAAGGAUUGGUUUCAAUAUGAUCAGCUCAUCAGUGAUAUGAACAACAACACCAGGUCGUUUUCAAGUCAAAAGAGCUUAUCGUACCUGAAGGAUAUUAUAUCACGAUUGCGAGGUUUCAUGGACGAAGCGCUUCACAUGGGAUCUCCAAGUGGCAAUGCAUCAACUCCUGCUGAAGGUGGCGAUGCAGGUUUGGCCUUGACUCUGCAGCUCCCAACAUACCUCAGAAGGAACAGUGGCUGGAGCUUCUGGGUACAGACUGUACAAUAUUCCCUUCAGGGUUUCAGAAAAGCUACUUGUUUCCUUUUCAGCACCUUUAGUGACAGCCUUGACACAACUGAAGUUGCUCUAGGAUGGAUCAUAGGAGAGGAUCGGGUGUUCAAAUCUAAUCUGCUCAGGAUGGUCACAUUACACCAGACCUUUGCGGAAUACUUACUCGCCCCCAGCUUCCUGGACAUGUUGAAGGACUCCCCAGCUCUCCAGAAUAUCGUGGAAACGAUAACCGCCUUAGUCCCGAUGUCCUUGAAGGAUCUCGCAGGCAUGGUCUCGCAGAGACCUGAAGAGGUGGGGAAAUUGGUCCAGUUGUGGCAAGAAACCGCAGCAGCAGAAGGAACAGUGGGAUGGAGCAGUUUGUGUCAGAUAAACCUACAGAGCUUGGGUCCAAACUUCCAGGUGACCAUGACGCGAUUGUGUGAACUAAACACAGGUGACGUGAUCAGAGAAAUAGCUGGCUUCUUCAAAACAGAAUUAUACCAGGAACAGUUUACAGCAGAGAUAAGGGAAACCCUUGAGAACAACAUGGAAGCCUGGUUUCAGCUGCAACACCAAGUGCAAACUGGAACAUUCUUUCAAAAGUUCUCUGAUCUUGGUGCUUACUUGGGCCUUGAAACGUGGCGUGCUGUCCCAAGUUUGGUGUUUAACGUUACAUCCGAUGAAAUGUGGGACAACAGUACACUGAUUCUUGCAAAACUUCUGGAGCCAAUAGUCUUGUUCAGUAAGACUCCAGAAGGAGAGGACACCAAGGAACUCCUUCUCAAGCUGGAUCAGACCCUACGAAGCGUGAGACUGACUAUGGCUCUUGCAAAAGCAGGUGAUAUAUGGAAAGCUUUAAGAGAGGCGUACGCGGACAAGCCAGUGGUGAAUGAAUUCUUUGACAUGAUGCAAGUUCUGCCACAGUUCCUUCUGGAGUAUAUGGAUUUUUUCGGCAAUUACUCGGUGAUAUCACAGGCCAUGUUCUUCAGAAGCGACACUUUUUGUAACUUCCACCUGUUUCUCCUGGAUGGCAACAGGGAUUAUCUGGCCAAUAAGUCUUCCGUCGUGCUGUUUGAUGUCUUGGAAUUUAUUUGCAAUUACCAACACAUGUCACUGAUCCUCGAGCAGCUGAUACCAAACUCUCCUCCAAUCAUUGCGAACAUCACUAUGGAAUUAGAUGCAGCUAUGUUGGCAAAUUUGCUAGACUACGUCGUCUGGGAUGCCAUGUACAUCAUAGAGGGCAACUUUUAUGAGGGUCCUCUUCAAAUACCCCCUUGGGCUGAGGAGUCCAAAUGGCACAGUGUGUUUGAGAGGCUUCAAACCUUUCUUGCCUUACCACCGAAGGAAUUCAUCAUUCUUGCCACUGGCUUAAGCUUGGACACAGUAAGGUCCACUUUGGGUGAUCAGUAUAUAGUGCCUGCAGUAAGCAUCGUCUAUCAGGUUUCGAAGGCUUUGGCGAACAACAUCAACGAGACUACUGGCGAAAUCGACUUCCGCAGCAUGUUUGGUGGUUGGCACAAACUGGACGUCUUGCAGGAAAAGGUCACCAGUAUGCUUCCUAACCUUGUAGCUAUCGCUCUGUGGUUCCCCGAAUCUAAGGCGUACUACUACCUGAUGACUGGAUCGCAUCCCCACGAUGUCUACUACCACAUGUGCAGUGAAGGUGUGGAUGAGUGGGUUCUUCAUCCUUAUCUGACAGCUGGUCAAUGGGAGACAGUGCACGGUCUCCUGUGCCCUUCAGACCCCAUGACUCUUGAAGAUUUUAUGGAGGUGACCAAUGUUUCAGAAAUCAUCGAUGGAAUGACCAUCGACUGGCUAAAGAUUGGUCUGGCUGUGGAGGACAUGAUCAUGAAACUACCCUCUGUCACCUCCUCUGUCUUCAAACAAGCCAUGGAAAAUGAUUACGUCAAAAAUAUUUUGGAAUUAACUCCAAACCAAAGAAUUACCAGAGGCGUUUUGUCAGGGUCAUGGUUUCUACAGCAGUGGUUGUUUGGGACUUCGGCUGAAGAGAAACACAAUAUGGCCACCUUCUAUAUCCAGACUCUCGCUGCUCUUCGGCCUUUAACAACUCAUGAAGGGAGUCUCUACAGUAGACUGAGUAAUCUCACGACCUUCAAAGAAUUGCUGAGGGAAUACGCUGACGUGACGGAAGACAUAGUCAAUGGUACUUCUCUUCUCCGACAUAAAUACCAGGUUUCCCUGGCUCCUGGGCUGGUCACGGAAUGGCCCGUGGAGGGCGCCUCGGAGUCGUACGAGAACGCCAGGACCAACGUUUCGCAUUAUGAGCUUCUGCGGGAUUUCAAAGUGACGCUGUUGAAUCUGACCAAUGUGCUCUUCCCUGAAGGAGACUCCACUCUGUCCUCCACUCUCUCUCAGCUCUCUCUGGAGGAAGUCUUGGCUAAUCUCUCUGCUCAUUUGCUUCUCAGCACACCCGAGCUUCUCGAAGUUGUGGAGGCUCCUGUUUGCGAAGCGCUGUCCGGGAUGCAGUGGAAGUCUGUCUUUCAGUAUUUGAGCAAGAGUUUCCAGGUGGCUUCAAAGCAUGUGGGGCUAUGGCACAGCUAUGUCAAGUUCAUGUGUCAACUAUCAAGUAUCGACAUCAAAGAAGUUAUGGAAAAAUUUGAGGACUUUGGAUUAAAGGACGAUAUACAAGAGAUACUAAAUGGUGAUUAUCUACAGGAUGAAAAUCUUAGUUGCCCAUUCGCCUUCAAUCAGUUGGAAGUCCUACAGAACCAGGCAUCAUCUGUAGUCAAUGAUUAUGUAAGAAAUGAGACGGCUGGCGCUGAACUGAUGCUUUGCCUGGAGAUGGCAGCCAAUUCCACUACAGGUCAUCAGAUUAGAGGGAUCCUGUCUGCAGUGGGAGGGCUAUUCGAGGCCAGAAGUGAAGAUCGAGACGAAAUCCUUGCUGGCCUCAUAAACGCCAUGGAGACCAUCCCGAGUGCUUCCGUUUCUCUGAGAUCUCUCGCCUCAAGGAUAACAGUGUUAGUUCCGGCGCGACGAAUUCUGAAAGAUGAUUUCGAAGAAAAGUUCGAAAUGCUUCCAGAUGUUCUAGUUCUUCUCAGAAACGACUUCCUGAUGGUAGACGUCAAUCGGAUAUACAAAACUGACAGUGCGAAGCUGACAAAACUCUUGACAUCGAGAAGGGGGAUGACGAAAGUUUUCCAAGAGAAGACCACAUCAAGCCACAUCCAGAAGAGACAAGUUUCACCUCUCGAUCUUCUGUACGACGCCAUUUCCUCAAUAGGGCCAGAUGUCUUUGCAGAAGCAUUGUUAGCGAGUGUCAAUUCGGCCUACCUUGUGGAGGAGAUCGACCGGUUGAGGAUGGACGCUCUGUUGACCUCAGAGUCAUUAAUGCCGAUUAUGGAACACAUGAACGAGGCCGUGGCCACCCUCUCGAAACUCAGCAAGCUGGAAGCUGUUCUUGACCUCAGCAAGAUCAUCACAGGAGAGGUGGAUCCAGUAUCCUUCUUAUCCGGAGCAGUCCAACUGAUGCAAAUCAAGCUUUGGAAUGAUCUGGCACAAAGCGAAAUGAAGACCAAGAAGUCAUGGGAAAUAAUUCUUUUCGCGGAUAUUGGAAACUUCAGUCCACUUAUAUCAGGGUCCGAAUUGGAAGAGGAUCUCGAGCAGGUGAUUGGAGGAAUCAGUAGCCUUCAGAAUGCUAUUAACUUGGCAGUCCUUGAUUUUACAAUUCCGACAACGUCCUUGAUAUUUAAUUGGACGGAUAUGGAGAAGUACCUGAAGGAUUCCCUUCAAAUGGACCCCAGCGUCAUUGAGGCUCUCAGCACCACCGAACUCAACGUCAUGGAGGUGUUGUCGCUCCAAGAUGUGACCAUCGAAGAAGUCAUUUGCGGAGGGAAGAAGAUGGAGAACAUCGUCCGCCUGCCUGCUGAAGCGGAGGUCACGCUCGUCGACAUCAGCCGUUCCCUCUGCAAUGCUUCGGAUGCACAGGGGCUCGUCUCUGUGUUCCUGCGCCACCUCGAUAUCGGUCCUCUGAUUGCUACUUUGACGAGGUUUGGAAUUAACACCACUUUGUCCUCGUACGGGAUGACCCUGGACCAAGUGAUUGCCGACAUUGUCCGCUUGGAGCAGUCUGCGUCCUCGGUCCCAGUGGUGGUGGAUAUGAUGCAGAAUUUAUGGGAUGCUCUUCAGUCACCAGAGUUCUCUCAGGAAGAUGAUGAGGAAUCACAUAUAGAUGAACUCGUUUCUCCUGGUUUCCUGCAACGGGCCGGUAAACUCCUGUGUGGUGAAACUCUGCGUCUGAUACCUGAUUCGCUGGGUCUCAUGUCUGUGAAAUCUAAGAGUAAAAACCCUCCCACCUCUUCUGCAGCAGAUAGCGUUGUUGACUUCUGCAAAAAAUUGGAAAAGGACAUCAAGGGGCUGCCUGGCGGUCGCAUCCUCUUGUACUUCAUAAAGCCGCUGAUUCAAGGGAAGAUAUUCUACACCCCAAAGAACCCCAUCACGGAUGAAAUCAUCAGACAGGCUAAUCAAACCUUCAAGGCGGCAGCUGAUCAACGAGCGUUGUUGUACACGCUGGAGGAACUGGCACUCAAACUGACAUCCUCCAAAGGCACUUCAGAUUUACAGAGACUCGAAACUGCUUUCCAAACACCGUGGUUGAAGGAGAUGCUCGUCAGGAUGUUUCCAAAAGACAAGCAUUCCGUUUUCUCGGGAGAAGUCACUCAGUUACCGCCUAGACUUCACGACCUCGGGAACCUGACGCAGGAACUGACGAGCACCCUGUCUUUAGGAGUGAAGAUGAUGUCUUGUUUCGAUUUCCACCGAUUUGUUCCCGCCAGCAAUGAGGAGGAGAUGCUUGUCAAAGCCAAGGAGGCUGCGAGUAUCAACGAGUUCCUGGCUGGUAUCGUCUUCGAAGAUGUCGACAGAGCAGAAGAUUCUGAUUCUUCUUUGCCCAAAGGAAUUUCGUAUUCUAUUAGGGUGGACUUUGAAAAGACGCCAUCUACUUCUGCUUUGGGUCCUAAAUUCUGGCGACCCGGUCCCUAUUCCAACAUGGCCGUGCAGAUGAGGUAUCACCAGGGCUUCCUUCUCCUGCAGCAGAUGAUCGACCAGGCCAUCAUUCAGCUUCAUUACAAUGAGAGCGAAAAAUACAAAUUAAAGGCAUUGAAAUCGAGUGGCGCUCGGUUUUCAACAAGUCUGCAGAAUGUCCUGAGGCCUGAGGGUUACAAAGACGCCAGUGACAGAGGCUCUUCUUCUUUUCGGGUCCACCACCAGCAGAAGAGAGCAGCAGCAGUAGGAGACACCAGGUCCUCAAACGCCAGCUUCAGCAGGAGAGAAGAAGCAGAUAUGAUCCUCAACGUCCCUGUGUACACCAAACAAGAGCCGUAUCCUUGCUAUGAGAAGGAUGAGUUCAUGGCUAUGGUGAAUGAUUCCCCGGUUCUGAGUCUCAUUCUUUCGUUUGUCGCAUUCACCAUUCUGAUUGUGUUCAUCAUUCAACAUUUGGUGCAAGAGCGCAAGUCCAGAAACAAACAGCUCCAGGAAGUGAUGGGCCUGAAGGUUUGGCUUGACCACAUGGUGUGGUUUGUCUACUCUGCGACUCUAAUCCUGAUUGUUCUUCUGAUGCUGACGCUCAUCACAAAGUUUGGAGGCAUACAACCUAGAGUGAAUUUCUGGAUCUUUUUCACAUUUCUCUACUGCUACGGCAUCAGUCUUAUAUCAUUUUGUUACUUGGUGUCCAGUUUGAUAAAAGGACCUGUAAUGGCUGUGUUUAUUGGAGUCAUGAGUUUACUGGUGUUCAACGUCCCUUUCAUCACUGUCUCCGUUUUGCAUGCCAACAUCCCACUCUUUGGAAUCAUUCUGUCGUGUCUCUUGCCACCUUCAGCUUUCGGGUUUGGCUUCCGAAUCAUAUGUCAGUAUGAGCUGCUUGGUAUUGGAGCAAACUACGAUAAUAUAUGGACGCCACCACUGAAAGGUGCUGAUUUGACGCUGGGCCUUACAAUGGUGAUGCUGAUAGCAGACGCAGUUCUGUUUUAUAUCAUGGCAGUUACUGCUACGGCCCUCACAAAUGGACCUCUCCAGUAUCUGUGCCUCAGAGGGACAUCCGAGAUGACGUCACUGCCCGACUGGCCAGGAUACAGUUCGUCUCAAAGGGCCACCGAUUUCACUUUCAAUAUCUUUCAGGAGCCAAAUAUCCAGGUGCUGGAUGUAGACCCUGGAGUGAAGCAGAGUCUCCAGAAAGGUCUGAGUAUCGUGGGUCUUCGGAGAGUCUAUCAGCAGAGAGGUCGUGCCAAGGUCGGUGUCCAUAAUCUGAAUCUGGACCUCUACGAAGGGCAGAUACUGGCACUCCUCGGCCAUAAUGGCGCAGGGAAAACAACAAUCAUUUCAGCUAUCACGCGGGAAAUAGAGGCAACAUCCGGAACCAUCCAUGUCUACGGGCAUGACAUCAGGACUGCAUGGAACAAGGCGCGGUCUCUUAUUGGCUUGUGCCCACAGCAGUCUGUCCUCUUCCCGCUAAUGACAGUGCGCGAAACCUUGCUCUACUUUACCAUCCUGAAGGGGACGCCUCAGGAGCAGGCUGAUGUCGAAGUGAACACUGUGAUGGUGGACAUGGGCCUUUUCAACCAUAGGCAAUAUCUUGGUCGUCAGUUGUCCGAAGGUAUGCGUAGACGCUUGUGCCUGGCCCUUGCCUUUGUAGGUCGUUCAAAGCUUGUUAUUCUAGACGAGCCAACUUCUGGUGUGGACCCAGCAGCUCGGACGGCCAUGUGGGAGGUGAUCAGCAGUAACCGCUGUGGACGAACAAUAUUGUUUACUACACACCACCUAGAUGAGGCUGAGACAUUAGCUGACAGAGUAGCUGUAUUACAUCAGGGUCAGUUACUGUGCAUUGGCUCUCCAAUGGCCCUUAAAUCCGAAUACGGAUCCGGUUACAGCAUCAUACUCAGCAACAGGGGCGACUACUCAGGGUCUGACGUCGAGGAAACCCAAGAGAAGAUUUUCUUAAGGAAUCAAAGUCUUCGUUUCUCCGGCAUUGAAUUAGAAAAUGAAAACGCCGAUGCCGUCUGGAAACUAAUUAAGAAAUAUGUGUCGAAUGCCAAGCUUCUGGAGACUGUGAAUGGCGAGCGAACUUACUCUCUACCUCUCACCAACACCAGAGGAGAAGAGAACAGGAUUGCAGAAAUGUUUGGCGAGCUGGAAAACCGUCUGGAGGAACUAGGAUUCUCCUCUUUGGAGAUAAGGCCAACCAAUCUGGAGGAUGUGGUCAUCGCCCUAGAUACCAUCAAUAACCUGGACGGUGGUAUCACCAGCCACUCACAAGCCGUUCCCAUCAUGCAUCACGCUGAAAUGGAAGAUACUACUAUGAAGGGAGUGUAUGACUUCAAGCCUGGGAGGACAUUAAAUGGUGCCUGCCUUUGCCUCCAGAGACUGAGAGCCAUUCUGUACAAGCGGUUGAUGUCUCACGGGAGGCAAUGGAGUUUCUACGCGCAAAUGUUCGUGUUGCCUCUGGUCUUCGUCAUCUUAGCCAUGCUGGGAUCCCUCCUCAGACCCAUGUUCGAAGAAGCAAAGCCGCUGACGAUGAAGCCGGAUUUAUAUGAGCCUUCCGUCGCAUAUAUCAGAACUCUGAAUCACUCACUGGGUGGUCUUGCCACUGAGGUCACUGGAGAAGGGACAUGGCAGACAUGUCCAUCCACACUGGGGAAAGCCACAGAAGGAGGCCUCACUUGUAACAGCUCACAAGAGGUUGAAGAGCCCAAGUGCCUCUGCAGAGAUAAUAUCUGUUGGAUGAACUUGAGUGAUCAACCGAGCCUCAGUGAUUGGUUGAUAGGCACCAAAGGAAAAUAUUUGCAGAGAAGAUACAGCGGUCUUAGUCUCGGCACAGACAUCGCACAGACUGGGAGUGAUAAUGGUCCUGGAGUGAUGGUGUGGUAUGACAACUCCGUCUACCACGCUCUCCCAGCCUUUCUCAGCCAUUUCAACAAUGCCAGGCUCAAGAGACUCGUUGGGAAAGAGUUCAACAUCACCACUGUUAACCAUCCAAUCAAGUUUACGAGCAACAGUUUAUCAAGCAUGUCUGCCGAACAGCACAUAGCUGACCUGGGCAUUGGACUGUUGAUUCUCGUGUCGCUGACAGUUGUCGUGUCAGCAACUGGAGGCUACGUAGUGGCUGAGAGGGUCAGAGGAGAGAGGACAGUGCUAUACGUUGCAGGUCUCAGUCGUAACCUGUACUGGACUGCACACAUGAUCUGGGAUGCUUUGGUGAUUGCUGUCAACGUGAUGCUGACAGCUGCCGUCCUCCUCCUCUUCAACCAGCAGCAGUUUAUCUAUCGAGAGAAUCUUGCAGCCUUCAUUUUUCUGGCAUACCUGUAUGGGUUAAGCCUGCUGCCUCUGUUCUACCUGGUGGAGGGGACCUUCAAAUCGGAGGCCUCUGCGGUGCUCUCCUUCUUCUCGGCAGCUUUCGCCACCGGCCUCAUCACUUCACUCGUUGUCGUUACUUGCCAGUUUUACAGCUGGGUUGCGGACCUGGAUUACGAUAUUGGCUCCAAGGUUAUUACUUUGCAUGAAAUGGAAGGAGUGCUGAAGUACCUGUUCCUGGUCUUUCCCCCCUUCGCCUUCGCCUUCGGCAUCAAGGAUCUCUCCAUCAGCUAUGCAAAAAGUGCAAUACUGUCAAGGUUUGACAUUGACAUCUACGUGACGCCUUUCUCCUGGGAUACAAAGUUGCAAGGGGGCUUAGGACUACACUUCCUGUCUCUAGCCAUCUGGGCAGUUUUAGGGACAGCUGUCCUCCACACCUGGAGAAAGUGCCUGGGGCCCUUGCCCCAGCGAGCCAACUCUUCCCGGACACUGGCUGGCGCUGAAGAGGACAAAGAUGUUGCUGCAGAGAGAAUUAAAAUCCAGUGCGGCGGAGCAUCUCUCUAUGAUACAGUUCUUCGGAUAGUGGGGCUUGGAAAGGAUUUCACUUCACCGCCUUCAGUGGCCGUUUCUAACUUGUUCCUCGCAUUGAGGCGUGGUGAGUGUUUCAGUUUAAUUGGAUUAAAUGGAGCCGGAAAAACCACCACAUUUCGCUGCGUGACCGGAGAGCUUCGACCGUCCAGAGGACAAAUCUUAAUCAAUGGUCAGCUGUUGGAGGAGGCCCUUGCUCAACCCCACCCAACGAUGGGCUAUUGUCCCCAGAGUGAAGCCCUUGAUCCCAAUCUCACGCCGAGGGAGGCACUUUCCGUCAUGGCUCUCGUCAGAGGAUUUCCCGACUCUGAGGUGUCACAUGUACUCAGAAAAGCACUAGUACAAAUGGGGUUAUUGCAAGAUCACAAUACGUACAUAUCACAGCUUUCUGGAGGCACCAAGAGAAAGAUCUCGACAGCCAUGGCCCUCCUGGGGAAUCCUGUCUUGGUCCUUCUGGAUGAGCCCACGACUGGUUUGGAUCCAUCAUCGCGCAGAGGCAUCUGGUCUGCUAUCAAAAGCGUCACCCAGGAUGGUAGGACAGUGCUCCUGACUUCUCAUUCUAUGGAUGAGGUCAACAUCCUCUCACACAGAAUGGCCAUUAUGGUCAAUGGCUGUUUUGUCUGCAUGGGGUCUCCCCAUUAUCUCAAAAACAAGUUAGGUGAUAAAUACUCAAUAAGAAUCAAGACAAAUGUCAUUGAAGACAUGGCUGCCAUUGUGGACUUCCUCAGAAGUCAGUGGACGGACGUCUUGCUAAAGGAGCAACAUCAUUUGACCUUGGUCAUGGAGGUCAGCAGGAGAUUGCCACUGCAACUUAUAUUUGACUGCCUGAAUAGAGCAAAAGAGUUGGGGGUCACAGAAUAUGAUGUUUCUCAAACAACAUUAAAUGAGGUAUUCCGAUUAUUGACGUCACACCAAGAUGACGGGCAGCUUCCUCCUGCACCAGUCAGGAAUGAGUCAGAGCAAGCGGGACUCCCGAUACAUUUUUCCACCGACCUCCCUCAGGAAACGAGUGUCAUGAAGACACCAGAACAUACAUUCCACAGGAAAAAUACGCCUUUCAGUCCUGUCAAGAAACCUACAGUGGCUGAUGUAGACUAUACCCUCCCUGCUGUCGAAACAGACAGACCUCAAAAUUAUCGUUCCAGCGUUUACGACAACGUGAGGGACGACCAGUCUGAAAUAUAUGCCACUAUAGGUAAACACAGAGCGGUAAGGCCUUCGCCAGAUAUAGAAUCCUUCAGGUCAGAGUCUGGGUCCUCAGAUGAAAGCCCUGAAGAGGAAUGGACACAACUGUAAUCUGAUUUACAGCCUCCUAUACACAGAUGACUCUACCUGAAUGUCAUAAGUAUGUCAAAGAAACAAAUCAGUUGCCAGCAGUGUUCUGGUAGUCAAUUACAGGAUCAUGAGAUAGUUGAAGAUUUCAGUGCAAUGCUCUCUCAGUCAUUUUCAGUUGCCAUAACUUGCAGAUUCUAGAACAGUGUCCUGAUAGUCACGUUUGAGAGGUCUGGGAGACAGUUGUGAUUACAGUGCAGUGCUGUGACACCGUUUCAAUGUCAGAAAAAAUUAGGUUUCCAGGUCCCGGUGUAGUGUGCCGAUGAUAAUCACAGCCUUUUCAUAAACUGACAAUAAUGAGAUGGUACAAAUGAUCACGUUGAAGGCCUUGUGAACCAAGAAUUUUACUCUAUAUUUCACAUAUUUUCUUUCAGUUUUGCAUUCAUUUUCAGUGUUCCAAACUGAUGAUUGUAAAGUAAGAAAGCUUUUGUAGUUUUAAAGAAACCUGGCUGAGUGCACCAGGCCUUUCAUUAAAUAUACUGGAGUACUGCCCAUCUCAUUUUCCAAAUCAGUAAAUGGCAAACGUCCAAGUUAAAUGAAAAAGUAUUUUUCCAGAACACCAUGUCUUUGUUUUGGGAUUUAGCACGGCCUGGAAGCCGUUCUUCAAUAAGUGUCAUUAGACCAUUUUAAAGUGACAUCAUCUCAAUGUAUUCCAUUUUCUGUAUAUUUCUGAGAAAUGUUAAUGAAAAAAAAAAAGACUAAAGAUAUCAGA